AAUCGGUUCGCCUAAUUCGCCAUCUUGGUGAGUGAAGAUCGGUGGUCAUCCAUAACGUCGUUUCUCAUGGUUUCGAUCAUUUUGAUCACAUUUUAUCGAAGAUGCCAUCUUGUUCAUAUCUCUACUGCCGUAAUUCAACGAAGAAUUACAAGACAGCAGACGGCCGAAAGCUUUCUUUUCAUAAGUUUCCUCGUGUAGAUAGAAUUCGAGAAUUUUGGCUUGAAAACCUCCGUAGGGACAGCUGUGAGGCGAAGUUUGAGCCCAAUUCUAGAGCUGUGCUCUGUUCAGAACACUUCACGGAUAGCUGCUUUGAUGAUAAAUCCACCAAGUAUCCUAGACUUAAAAAUGGUGCUGUCCCAACAUUGUUUCUUCGAGAGGGAUCUAUGAAGAAAGUGGAACAUGAGAAUGAGGAAGAGGAGGAAUCGAGCGACGAGGAGCGCGAGAGCUGGAGCGGAUGGCACAGCUGGCCAAACAAGGGGGGGUCGACAGAGGAAGAUGAUGGACAGAAGGACGAUGGAUCCAAGGGACUAGAGGAACUGGAAGAGCUGAUGGAGGAGGAGGAGGAAGAAGAAGAAGAAGAGGGGGAUUUGAACGAGGAAAGAGACUGGAUUGAAGACUCGGAAGGAGAAGACGGAGAUGGGAAGGGGGCAUCGGAGGACAGGACCAAGACCGAGCGGACAGAGACAGCGGUGCCAAGCCCCCCGGAGGAGGGGGGUGGAACAGAGACAGGGAUAGGGACUGAUUUACUCCAUAAAGCUCAAGACUGUGUUCAAGGACAUGAUAGAAUUACUCUUGAUAACGUUACAAUGGACUCCACGUUGACAUCAGUGAGAAUCGGCAACAAGAAGAUGGUCUCUAUGACCUUCCAAGAUAUCCUCAACUCUCUCGUCCCGACACAACAGAUAGAUUCCUCAAAAGUGCCUAAAGACAGCAAUCCUACCUCCAAUAAGGUCAAAGGUCACCCAGACAAAGGUCAUCAGGACACGGGUUUUGAUUUGCAAGGCUGGAAAACUGUCCAAGGGAAGGGAACAGGCGGAUCUCGCAAGGCAACGAAACGAUCGAUCAUCACCCCAGAAUUCAAGGAAUCGCUAACACGUCAGAACAAGGCUGCGCAGAAGACCAAGGAUAAAGACACCACGAAGAACCGAAAGGACAAGCAUAUGGUCAUCUCCAUCUACCGGAAGAACACCAUGAUGCGGAUCAUAUCCUCCAAGGAUCUGCCGUACCUCUGUGGUGAUUGCGGGUUGGCGUUCACUCACGCGUUUGUGCUGAAAAACCAUGUUGAAGCGAAACACGGCUAUUCUGAGCCCCCAGAGAUAAAGGCAAAUGGUGAAAUACUGUCACAGGUCGUCAUUCAUCGAGACUUCGAAAAGAAGAACCUCAAAACCAAAACCCAGGUCAAAGAACUGCAAGAAAAGUAUGCUAAAACAGAGUCCGUCAAUGGCAACAGAGAGAGUGAACCUGCAGAACAAUGGUUCCAGAAGGUUGAUAAGUCAACCGGCUCCUUGUCCGAUUCUGAUUGUGAUGGCGCAUUACCAGUUGGCACUGAUGGUGGUGAUGACAGUGUCGACUGCAGUGUAGUUGAGGGUGCAGAUUCAUUUCAGAGGACUUCAUCCAAAAAGAAGAAGCGCAAGCCAAACAGGAAACCAAAGACUGACGUUGCCGGAAACGUUAUUUCGCAGAAAAAAAACAGAGACAGGUGCCAUAGGUGUCAUAGGUAUUUUAAAAGUCGAUUCGAAUGCAAGCAGCAUAUAGCUGAAAUGCAUGGUGAGUUCUCCUCACAGGAAGUGGCUCAGGCAAGCUGGAACAAGACAACGGCUGGUUCAUCGACCAUGGAGGUGCUCAAGUGCAUCUACUGUGAGACCUUCUUCACCAGCAGGGAAAAUGCUGGAGGACACCUGAACAAGCACUGCGGUGUGGACGAUAUCAAGUGUGACAUCUGUACAGAAGCCAUUAAGUUGUGGAAUGAAGGAAGGAACAUGGAGCUGGAGAAGCUGCAUGAGAAAUAUGACGGCCUUAAAGACGAGGGGCAGGAUGGAGAUGAGGGUAGGAAGGAGGAGACUGCAGGCGGCGAGGGGGAGACUGCAGGCGGCGAGGGAGCUACUGGAGAUGAUGCUAGGAAAGAUGACGAAGGAUCUUCUGUAAACAAUGACGGGAAAGAAAAGCCAGAUGCUGACGACCUCAUCAGGCAGUCUCUGGAACGAGCCAAGACACUCUCAAGCAAGCAUUUCAUCAUUGCCAAAUGCUUUGAAUGUAAUGAGGAAUUCUUUCUACGGCAUCAUCUGGUCAACCAUUACAGAGUGCAUGAGAAGUUCACCUGCAAGGAAUGUGGAAAGGAAUUCAAGACGAUGACAGACUACCAGGAGCACCUGGAUGAAGUGCACAAGAUCGGUUUAUGCUCCUGUCCUUACUGCCCAAAGAAGUUCCCUUCUCUAGGAAAACUAAAUUUUCAUAUGCUGGGUCACCUUGGGUUGUUUCAGUGCAUUUUGUGUGGGGCAACCUUGAUGUCCAAGCAGUCCCUAGAGAUGCAUAUCAGAGGGGCGGUCAGCGAUCCAUACCAUAAGUUCCGGGUCGGUGGCGAACGCCUCACAUACUCCUCAUCCAAUCCAUUCCUUGGUGCAAGUCAGAAUGAAAAUCAUCGUGGUGGCUUUCGUCGCCGGAACAAGACAAAAGAGAUUUCUUGUAAGUUUUGUGAUCGCAAAUUUGGCUACAUCCAUGGUCUACGUAAGCAUAUGCGAUUCCUACACCCCAAGGAGGAGGUGCCUAUGAAAGGAGACGGCUUUUGCUGCGAGCGAUGCGGCAUUGUCCUGGCAUCGAAACAGUCCUUCAAGGCUCACCUGCAGACGCAUCAAGAGAAAACUAUUUCUUGCCCUGAGUCAGGCUGUGAGGCCAUGUUCACCACAAAAAUGAACCUAAAGUCCCAUUUGAGAACCCAUGGUCAAGCAUCCUGGUCAAAAAGAUUCAAAUGCGACAUUUGUGGAGGGUCAUACAAAACACAGGUGUACCUUGAUAUGCAUAUGAAAUGCCAUAGUGGGCAUGUGCCAUAUGCCUGUUCGUAUUGUGGGAAGACCUUCCGCAACGUCACCCACAUGGUUUACCACGAGAGGCGCAUGCACACCGGCCAGCUGGAUCAUACAUGUGAACUCUGUGGUAAAGGCUUUGCAGACCCGUCAACGCUGAAGGUCCACAGCAAAACCCAUUCGACCCACAGGCCCUUUUUAUGUGACAUCUGCUCCAAGGGCUUCCCCACCGAACUGUACCUCCGAGCUCACAGACGAGUCCAUACCAAGCCCUUCAAGUGUUCCCAGUGCAGCGAAGGUUUCUCACAGCAAGGCGCAAGAAGGAACCAUCUCCGAAAGGUCCACGGUAUCGAGACGCCAGUCGUAAAAAGCAAAUCCAGAAUUUCUGCUCAAAGCGAGACCAAUCCACCAGGUGAGUUCAGUCCUCAGAUGUCAGAAGCUUCCGUACAGGAUAUAGAGGAAACAGAAAUGAUGGUCAUUAGCGAUAAUAAUGAAGUCGGUUCAUCAGAGAUCAUUGACAAAAUUCUAGCAGCCAUUCUCUGAAGUAAACUCAAACUGCAAAGACAAAUACAGACUCGAGGAAUGUUCAUUUCUUUAAAACUUUUCUGUACAAAGUAUUGUACAACCAAAAAAAUUUUGCAAA